AUGGUGGACCGCGUGAAAGACAAGUUCGACUCGUACUCGCUGAAGACGUUCCCGGCGAAGAAGAAGUGCUUGAACGCUGUGUACAAUAUGGUCGCGUGGACGUACAUAGAUACACGCGAUCUGUCCAGGAUACAGGGCAGGAAACUUCGGAGAAUAAACUUGAAACAUCACCUGGGGAUUCGAGUGGCGGAACUGCCACGCGACAGCGACAUUGGCUGGAUAAGAGCGUCGAACAGGAAGAGGGCUCUGAAGAAUUACCGCAGGAGACUAGCCAUGGCCUCGGAACCGCUGGAGCUGGCCUGGCUGUUCCACGAGCUCUCGAGAUACCUGAUCGACAUCCGUCGUUACGACCUGGCCCGAUUCUACAUCAAAAAGGCUCGAGACAUGGGACAGGAGGCGGGCAACGAACAGUGGGUACUGAACAGUCAACACCUGUUCAUUCGGAUCGAGAUCAAUCAGAAUUAUCGGAACGAGGCGAAGGAGGCGGCUCUCCUGGCAUUGUCCAUCUCCAAGAAGCUCGGCCUCCACUUCCUCGUCGACUUCUACAAGAGCGCGAUCGAGGUGAUCGACGACAUGGACAUGGAGAAGCUGUUGGCGUUCGACGCGAUCGCGGCCAGGCAACAGCUGAUACUGAACCUGAUGCCGGACGACAUGAAGGCCGAGGUGGACUUCCUUUGGAGGCGGAUGGACGCUAUCCCCGCCGAUCGACGACU